AGCGCAUGCGCACUUCGCGUCGAAUUGAAACUCCAGCGCGCURUCCGUGCUUCACGUGCCGAGCUGCUCCCGGGUUUUUGUGUCUCAGAAGUGGCCAACAUGGAGGAGGCCAACAAGCUGGUCGGCGCCGGGAAGAAAUACUUGGUGACGGGGAAGGUGGUGGAGGCGGUCAGCGCCCUGCAGGAGGCCUGCGACCUGCUAGCUAAGAAGUACGGCGACACGGCGGACGAGUGUGGAGAGGCUUUCUUCUGGUGCGGCAAAGCGCUGCUGGAUCUGGCUCGGAUGGAGAACUCGGUUCUUGGAAACGCCUUGGAAGGAGUCCCUGAGGAAGAUGAGGAUGAAGAGAAACCCAAAGAUUCUAACGUUGAGAGCACAAAAAGCAUCGAUGAGAAGACCAGAGACGAGCUGAGGGUUCAGGUCUAUGACGCCAUGGCAGAGAAGACCGAAGAGAAGCAGAGGGACGAAGCUCAGGAGGAGAAAACUGAAAGCUCUGAGGCUGCGGACGAUCAAAAACCAGAAAAGGUAGAAGAUGAAGAAAACUGCAGAGAGGGUGAGAAGAAACCAGAAACUGAAGAGAGAGAAAACAAAACUGAGCCUGAAGAGGAAACUCCUGAAGAUGAUGAAUCUGCUGACAAGGAGGAAAAAGAAGACAAUGAGGAAGAGGAGGAGGAAGGAGGAGAUGCAGAAAUGGAGGAUAAUCCAGAAGAGCUGGCUGAAGGGGAUGCCACGGCUGAAAAGGACAGUGAGGACGAGGACGAGGUGGGGAACCUGCAGCUGGCCUGGGAGAUGUUAGAAGUAGCUAAAGUCAUCUACAAAAGGAGACACACCAAGGAGGAGCAGCUGAUGGCGGCUCAGGCCCACCUGAAGCUGGGUGAAGUUUCUGCUGAGUCAGGGAACUACAGCCAGGCCGUGGAGGACUUGGAGGAAUGUCUGAGGCUGCAGCUGCAGCACCUGGAGCCGGACAGCCGCCUGCUGGCUGAGACCCACUACCAGCUGGGCCUGGCCUUCAGCCUGGACCUGCAGUACCACCGGGCCGUGGAGGCUCUGACCAGCUCCGCCCGCYUCAUCAGGAGCCGCCUGAAGAACCUGCAGGCGCUGCUGGACGGCGCCGAGGGUCCGGACGCUCUGCCCCAUGAGAGGAAGGAGCUGCAGGAGCUGGAGGCUCUGCUGCCCGAGAUCCAGGAGAAGGUGGAGGACGCCGCCGAGGGCCUGAAGACGGAGAGCGCCGCCGCUGAGGCWGUGAAGGAGAUUCUG